CUUCCUUACACUUUGCUGUUUAACAGGACACAACUAACCCAUGAUGUCUACAGCUACUGUUCCUUGGCACGCAGCCUAUCCCGCACCUCGGAGCACGGCAAUCGGUAUCCGUCGCGAGGAGGUACUAGGAUGGUUUCGCUCAGGUAGACAGCCCGGACAUGAUUUCCUAUUAAUAGACCUACGUCGGACGGAUUUCGAGGGAGGUACCAUCCGAGGAUCCAUCAAUCUCCCAGCCCAGACUCUGUACCCUGCAAUCCCAACACUCUAUUCUCUUCUCAGCCAAAGCCAGGCUACGGAGGUUAUCUGGUACUGUGGUUCAUCGAAGGGCCGUGGAGUGCGAGCCGCGAGUUGGUUAGCCGACUACAUUGAGCAGCAACAAGACACCCGGAUGAGAAGUCUUGUGCUAGAAGGGGGUAUUAAAGGAUGGGUGGCAGCAGGGAAGGAAUACACGGAUUUCAUGGAUGAAUACGACACAUCUGCAUGGACUGCUUAA